AGCUGAUGCUCAUUCAGGUACCAGAGGAAUUCUACAUGCAACACAGCUGUGAUAAUAAAAGGCGUGUUCUUUCUUACCCAGCUUGUUUAAAGAUAUAUGUAACUAAUCGGUUAUCUUUGGCAUUAGAACGGCAUCUUAUGUGAAUAUGUUUGUUUAUCGUUAAUAUUAGAUCUAUAGCUCAUAUAAUUAUAAACAGGAGUAACGUAUUGACCACAUUUGCUUUGACCAUGAAUGCAGCAUAAUACAUGUCUUCACGUCCAUUUACAACAUUCUCGCCUGGAGUGAUUCAUGUUGUCUUAAAGGCAGGAAGGUGAAGUCGGUGCACAUAAGAAAAGAAAAGCGCAUUUCGUAGUCUUAAGUGAAGCCUGGACAUGCCGGAUUCUGUAUCGACUGAAACCGGUUCUAAGGUUUCGGACCCCCAACAUUCUCAGAAACUGCUCCGGGUCCUUCGCACCUUCUGGCAGGAGAAAAGUUUCCACGAUGCGCUGCUGGUGGUUGAUGGAGAGGAGCUUCCUGUCCAGAAAAACAUCCUGGCUGCUGCCAGCCCUUAUAUCAGGACCAAGCUGAACUACAAUCCCCCAAAGGAUGAUGGGUCUACAUACAGAAUCGAGCUGCAGGGCGUCUCCAUGGCCAUCAUGAAACAGAUCCUGGACUAUAUCUUCAGUGGUGAAAUCACUUUGAGUGAAGAGACCAUCCAGGACAUGGUGCAGGCGUCAGACAUGCUCCUCAUGUCCGACCUCAAGUCCCUGUGCUGCCAGUUCUUAGAGAGCUGCAUCACUGCAGAGAACUGCAUCGGCAUCCGCCUCUUCUCUCUGCACUACUGCCUCUACCACGUCCACUACGCCGCCACCGAGUUCCUGCAGACACAUUUUAGCGACGUGGCGCGCACUGAGGAGUUUAGGGAGUUGCCCCCGGACCGGCUCUGCGAGCUGCUGGCCAUGGAGAAGCUGAACGUGGGCAACGAAAAGCACGUGCUGGAGGCGGUGGUGCGAUGGUUCGCACAUGACUCCGAGGAUCGCAGGGUACACAUGAAGGAAGUGAUGUCUGCAGUGUGGCUGCAGGGCCUGGAUGUGAGCUACCUGAGAGAGCAGGCCAUGGGAGAGCCGCUGAUGAGGGAGGUGAUCAGAGAGUACUGUCAGCAGGUGCUGGUGGACGGUCAGCUGCAGGGGGAGGCUCUGCUCGCUGCCUUCAAACCCCGAGGCUACUCCGAGUGUAUUGUCAUCGCCGGAGGAGAGGAUCGCAAAAGCAGGAAGCCAACCGCUGUGACGCGCUGCAUGUGUCCCCUCUACGACGCCAACAGACAGGCCUGGAUCGAGCUGCAGCCAAUGAGUGUCGCCCGCCUCGGCCACGGCGUGGUCGCUGCCGAGGGUUUUCUGUUUGUGAUGGGCGGUACAGAUGAACACAACACGGUCCUAGACAGUGGAGAGAAAUAUGACCCUGACUCCAACACCUGGAGCCCCAUACCCCCAAUGCUACAGCCUCGUCAGAACUUUGGGGUGGUGGAGCUGGACGGUCUGAUCUACGUUCUCGGAGGAGAGAACAAAGAAACCGAGCUGAUCACCGUUGAAGUGUUUGACCCUCACUUCAGUACCUGGAGAAUGCAGACCAGUAUGACUAUGAUCCGCAAGGUCGGCUGCUAUGCCUCCAUGAAUAAGAAGAUCUAUGCCAUAGGUGGGGGCUCCUACGGGAAGCUCUUUGACUCUGUUGAAUGCUUUGACCCCAAAACCCUGCAGUGGACGGGCCUCUGUCCUCUGAAAGAGAGAAGGUUUGGGUCGGUGGCAUGUGGCGUCGGCCAGGAGCUCUAUGUGUUCGGGGGAGUUAGAAGCAAGGAGCAAGACAACCCCGAGCAAAGACAGAUGAUGACCUGCCAGUCUGAGUUCUACCAUGACGACAUGAGGAGGUGGAUGUUCCUGGAUGACCAGUCCUUGUGUAUCCAGACCAGCUCAUCCUUCGUUUAUGGUGCGGUGCCCAUCGGAGCCAGCAUUUACGUCGUGGGAGACCUAGACACAGGAACAAGCUUCGACUACAUCCGGGAGUUUCGCCGCAGCACUGGGACGUGGCAACGCACCAAGCCUAUGUUACCCACCGACCUCUCCAAAACAGCCUGCUCCGCCCUGCGCAUCGCCAACUGUCGGCUGUUCCGCCUUCAGUUGAGCCAGGGCAUGUUCCGAAUCCGAGUCUGACUUCAGGACGCCAGGCAGUGGCCCACUGUCGGCUCCAUACUCCACUUUUUUGCACACUGGUACUUUCUACCUGCUGUAGGUCUGGGUUUAGGGAUUUAAUGAACACUAAAGUAUUAUAGGCGCUAGAUAUUGAGGAUUGUGACUCUCCGUUUAGGGGUUUAUACUCCACUUAGACUUGACGGGACAAAGGUUCAUUCAGACACGUUUUUAACACUUUAGGUUUUAUGCCAUUUUUUAUAAACCCUAAAUAUUUUUUUCUUUUUAACAUGGGGUUUGAUUGUUUUUUGCUUUUUAUUCAAAUGGACAUUCCUCAUUUGUGAUGUUUACUGGUGAUCUGUUGCUUGGUGAGGGAUUUAAACUGUAAACAAGACUUGAUAAAUUAACGAAGACAUUAUUAGAUGAGGGAUUAUAGUUGAGAUUUUAAAAGCACCGCCGUGCAAUUAGUAUUUUAGUGUCUGGUGGUGUAUUGUUCAUCUUUCUGGCCAUUUGAAGACGACACAAUCAUUUGUCCUGAUAUUUGCUACAGCGGCAGUGGAGGUUAAGUGUUGGAAAUCUUUUAGACUUUGUGUCAGUCCCCUAGAAUCAGAGAGCAAUGGAUUUUUAACUCCCGCCAUCCAUCUGUGACGCUUUCAUUAAGCAAAUUGCAUUGGAUUGGAUGGUUAUUGAUGUGGGUCGCUGGAGCAGUCGCAUGGAACUCUUUCAGAAUUUUCAUACCGAAUUUUGAGACUCCCAAGAAAAAUGACGUCAUCGACAAAUGCCCCAAAAACUACAUCUAGUUACGUCCAAAUGACAAAGCCCUCUAGGGGAAUGAUGUCGGUUGUCCAUCGAAAGCAAAGGGGGAGGUACCGUGAGGUUUUCAUAGAGCCAUAAAAGGAGGAGGUGUUGGGGAUGGAUGGGUCAACAAAAGCAUGGGAGACUGUUAGGCCGCCUACACAUAAGUGAUUUGCUCUCUGCGCACCGCUACGUAGGGCACAGAGCAAAGUACAGAGAGCAAAGUACAGCGCAGGUAUCCGUCAUCAAGGAUGGCAAGGAAGCUAUUUCCUGUUGCUAGGAAACAACAUGCUGUUAUCUCAUUGGUUGCGCUUUCGAAAGGUCAGCGGCAAAUAGGUCAAAGUUGAAAUAAUUUGAACACAAAGCGGCAAAUCCGAGCGGUGCGUGAUGCCAGGGGUAGCGCAGCGCCUAGUUGUGUUGUGGGGUCUUGAAUUCAUGCGGAUUCAAGUCCUGAUCACCCUGUCGACGUUGUAACAACCGCCUCGCUCUACAUUAUCCCUUACAUAUUAUUGCACAGCCCUACACUGGCCUUAACAAAUUAGUCAUGUUAACCCAAAUCCAUAUCUUUCAGAGCAUCAAAUAAAAACAAACAAUGUCUUGCUGAUAGUGGCGUUGGAUCAGAAACCGUCUAUAUGUGUUGUUCACAAACCACUUAUAUAAUGUUGUUGAAUUUGGAGGACUUGUUGGCUGUCUUUGGUCACCAGAGCAUUAAAUUGUCCUACAAUGUUUCACCACA